AUGCGAGGCGCCGGGGAUGGACGAGCAAGUGACGCUCUCUCCGGCUCCACACCCGUCUCUCCGAGGAUGAUCCCGCUCAGGACCGCGCUGCCGCUGCUGCUGCCGCUCUGCGUCCUGUGCGCGCGCUCCUCCAGCCCGUGCCUCCGUCCCGACCGGAGUCCCGCCGCGCUGCUGUGCCGCGCGCCCGCCGGGGCUGCGACCCCCGGGCGCGCGUGGGGGUCCCUGCUGCUGCUGCUGGACUUGCUGGGCUCCGCCUCCAGUCGCGAGCGGCGGACUCCCGCGCCCGCGAGCCCCCGCCUGCCGAGCCGGACCAAGGCGCGCGGCAGCGUGAAGGGCGGCCGCCGGAGCCGCGUCACCUUGUCCCUGGACCUGCCCACCGACAUCAUGAAGCUCCUCUUCGACGUGGCCAAGUCCAAACACCUGCGCGCCAAAGCGGCGGAGAACGCGCGGCUCCUGGCGCAGGUCGGGCGGAGGAAGUGACCUUUGGCUCCGCGGGUCGGACCGGCGCCUGAAGGUCUCGUUUGCUUGCGGCUGAGGGAAGUCCUCCCAGCAAUAGCCGCUCACAAAACACAACAACAAACAGGGUUUUGACUCGUGCGUGCCACCGUCAGCACUUUUGGAUUCAGAGUCCAGCCGCGCACUGACUUUCCUCUGCUGUCUGUCACCUUUGUUGUCUGCUGAGCUCAAUAAACGGAGUCUGGCUCGCCUCGUUGCUUCCGCGUCCAUUGAUUCUCCUGGACCGUCCAGGUCACAUGUGGGACUCUGGUGUCGUCCUGGCCACGUCCGUCACCCUCCGCUGCUGACUCGGUGCAGU